GUAUUUGACUUAGCAUUGUGCCACAUUUAUUCACUGUGUGUGCUCGAGUUACUUCUCUGAUUGUGUCUUCCAGAGGCUGACGUUAAAAUCGAGUUUCUUUACGCCACACUAGGAAUGGAGAUCGUGAAGCAUGGAGAUCCAGGAGAAACCACCGAAAAGUUAGCAUCCUUCUAGAGAAGCUCUGGAAUAGGAGAGUGAUAUUCCACCCAGAAUGGAAGUGUGUCCGUAUUGUAAAAAGCCAUUUAAGCGAUUAAAAUCCCACUUGCCACACUGUAAGAUGAUAGGACCACAUAUACCUGCUGAUCAGAAAGUUUGUCACUCCCCGCCACCUACACUCCCACGUGCUAAAAAAAGGAAAGGGCCAGUCAAAGACUUAAUUCAAGCUAAAGAGAGGGAGUUUGGGACAGAGAAGGAGAAAAGAAAUCCUAAGUUGAAAAGGCACACACCAGAACGGACAGAUAAGUCCUUUCCAGUAUUAGCUGGUUUGGAAAAAGCAGGUAAUACAAAGACACAUAAAGACGUCAAGAAUCAAAUUCAGCUCUCCCUCAAAAUGUUAAAAAAUACUGAACCAAAGAUUACUUUCCAGGGAGAAACUAAGGCUCAGUUUUAUGCAUCAGAGAACACUACUCCUGAAAAAGAACUUGCCAAAGAUUUGCCUAAAUCAGGGGAAAGUAGAAGUAAUCCUUCAGAAACUGAAGCAUCUUUACCUCUUGGCCCAUUGUUUCCUUCUUCAUCAAAUCAAGGUAGAAAAUAUUCUUCAGCCUUACCUAAUGAUGUACAGACCACUUGUGCUAAUUUAAGAUUGGACAAAAUUGAUCCCCCAAGACAGAAGCUUCUAGCAAAAUUACCAGAUAUGCCUACUGAUGAUGAUCAUAAUUCUCCCCUGAAUGUCAAUUAUGGGGUUAAAAGAGUAAGAUCAUCGUUGUCAAGCAGUGAGAGAGAUUCCAAGGCCGGGGAUCGCCUCUCAGAUGUCUCUACUAAUUUUAGAGACUCUGAGUCUCAGGAAAAGAACACAGAAUCACAAAUUUUAAGUUUUAAAGUUAGCCCAUUAGGCAGAAUCCAAGUCAGGGAGAAGCAGGAAAAAGGACUUAACCUUGAAGUAGAGGCAUGUGGGAGAAAAGGAAAUGCAGAAAAAAGUGUGUGUGUGACAGAAAUGACUUCCACGAGCGAUGACUCUAAGAAGGACUUCAAUACCGAUGAUUCAGCCACAGAGAAGAACUCUCAAGAUGAAGGUCCCAAUUUAAGUUUGUUCGUGCCAAGGGAGACAACUCACGAGUUCCUUUCUGUAUCACAGUCAUGUAAUCAAAGUCUUACCUCUCUGGCUAUAAAAUUUCUUCAAGAAGAGAAAGCAGAAGCCUGCAAUCAUAAUCGAGUCCCUAAUGUAAAGGCGUUGAUGGAGAGUGAAGAACGAACUUCUCUGCAGCCCCAAUCUGGCUCUCGGCCCCAAGCAUCACAGCCUGGGUGCCAGCAGUCUUUACAUUCAACCCAGGGUCACACUUCUGAAAGCCCCUUCACCAGUCAGAUCAGUGUCGCUGACAGGAAGACACUUCCUAGCUCCCUGGGGCUGGAGUGGUUUCCAGAGCUCUAUCCUGGUUAUCUUGGCCUAGGGGUGUUGCCAGGGCAGCCUCGGUGUUGGAAUGCAAUGGCCCAGAAGCCCCAGCUCCUCAGUCCCCAGGGGGAAAGACUGUCUCAAGUUCCUUUGUUGGAAAGAAGUUCGACUGCUGUAAGGAGUUCGGAACCCCCGACCAGGCUUACAACCUCCAACUUCUCUCUAACGAGACUCUUGGGAGCUGUACAGAAAGGCUGGAUCAGGUGCAGCACCACCAUGAAGAGUGGAGUUGGUGGCAUCACAAUGCUCUUCACAGGAUACUUCGUCCUUUGUUGUAGCUGGAGUUUCAGGCAUCUGAAGCCGCAGCGCUGGCAUAAGUAACGUUGGCCUGGACACCACUUACAGAAGUUUGGAACUCCAGGGAGAGUACGCUGGAGACGACUGCAGCCCAUAUUUAACAGUUUAAAUUGUAUUUGGGGCAGGGAGAGGGAGGGAAAAGAAUAAAAUUAUUGGAAUCUAAAACAGUUAUCUAGGAAGUAAAUUGUUUUAAUGU